AUGACAAUACAGCAAGUCCUAUUACUUCUGCUGCUCUGGAUGUGGCUGCCACAUCCCUGCCAUACAGAAAUGCUCUUCAGAAGGACUCCUGAUCUCAGACCCAAAAGCUUUGGAGGACGUGCUUUAGGGAAUGAUGGGAAAGCAAUUCACCGCCAGAAGCGAGGCUGGAUGUGGAAUCAGUUUUUUCUUUUAGAGGAAUACACAGGAUCUGAUUAUCAGUAUGUAGGCAAGCUUCAUUCUGACCAGGAUAAAGGAGAUGGAUCCCUAAAAUACAUUUUGUCAGGAGAUGGGGCUGGUACUCUUUUUAUAAUUGAUGAGAAAACGGGAGAUAUUCAUGCAACUCGGAGAAUUGACAGGGAAGAGAAAGCAUUUUACACCCUGCGUGCCCAAGCUAUCAAUAGAAGAACUUUGAGACCAGUGGAACCUGAGUCUGAGUUUGUCAUCAAGAUCCAUGACAUCAACGACAAUGAACCAACAUUUCCAGAAGAAGUUUACACUGCUAGUGUUCCUGAAAUGUCAGUAGUAGGUACUUCUGUGGUCCAAGUUACAGCUACUGAUGCCGAUGACCCUUCAUAUGGAAACAGUGCCAGAAUAAUUUACAGCAUACUUCAAGGGCAGCCAUAUUUCUCUGUGGAACCAGAAACAGGAGUCAUCAGGACUGCAUUGCCGAACAUGAACAGAGAAAACAGGGAGCAAUACCAAGUAGUUAUUCAGGCAAAGGACAUGGGAGGCCAGAUGGGUGGAUUAUCAGGGACCACCACCGUGAACAUCACACUGACUGAUGUCAACGACAAUCCACCUCGCUUCCCCCAGAGUACCAUCCAUCUCCGCAUUCCUGAGUCCUCCCCAGUUGGGACAGCCAUUGGCAGUGUUAAAGCCACAGAUGCGGACACUGGGAAAAAUGCAGAAGUAGAGUACAGAAUCAUAGAUGGUGAUGGGACCGAUAUGUUUGAUAUUGUGACACAGAAGGACACGCAGGAAGGCAUCAUCACUGUGCGAAAGCCACUGGACUAUGAGACAAGACGACUUUAUACUUUGAAAGUAGAAGCUGAAAAUACCCAUGUGGAUCCCCGUUUCUAUUACCUUGGGCCUUUCAAAGACACAAUUAUUGUGAAAAUCUCUGUAGAAGAUGUAGACGAACCUCCUGUUUUCAGCAGGUCUUCUUACCUUUUUGAGGUGCAUGAAGAUAUUGAGCUGGGGACAAUAAUAGGAACAGUAAUGGCACGAGAUCCUGAUUCUGCCUCAAGUCCAAUAAGGUUUUCUCUGGAUCGUCACACUGACCUUGACAGGAUAUUUAACAUUCAUUCUGGAAAUGGGUCCAUCUAUACUUCCAAGCCACUUGACCGUGAGAUAUCCCAAUGGCACAAUCUUAGUGUUAUAGCAGCUGAGAUUAACAACCCCAAAGAUACUACUCGUGUUCCUGUCUAUGUAAGAAUUUUGGAUGUUAAUGACAAUGCCCCACAGUUUGCAGUAUUCUACGACACUUUUGUCUGUGAAAAUGCAAGAGCUGGACAGCUUAUUCAAACCAUAAGUGCAGUAGACAAAGAUGACCCCCUUGGUGGACAAAAAUUUUUCUUCAGUUUAGCUGCCGUUAACCCUAACUUCACUGUUCAGGAUAACGAAGAUAACACUGCCAGGAUUUUGACGAGGAGGAAUGGCUUUAGUCGACAUGAAAUAAGUACUUACCUUCUCCCAGUGGUGAUCUCGGACAACGACUACCCGAUCCAGAGCAGCACGGGCACGCUGACCAUCCGCGUGUGUGCCUGUGACAGCCGGGGCAACAUGCAGUCCUGCAGCGCCGAGGCCUUGCUGCUCCCUGCCGGCCUCAGCACGGGGGCACUGGUGGCCAUUCUCCUCUGCAUCAUUAUCCUGCUGGUUAUAGUGGUGCUAUUUGCUGCUCUGAAGAGGCAACGAAAGAAGGAGCCUUUGAUCCUUUCUAAAGAGGACAUCAGAGACAACAUUGUGAGUUACAAUGACGAAGGAGGUGGAGAGGAAGACACCCAAGCCUUUGAUAUCGGCACGCUGAGGAAUCCUGCAGCUAUGGAAGAUAAGAAGCUUCGGCGAGAUAUUAUUCCUGAAACAUUAUUUGUGCCACGGAGGACUCCUUCGGCACCAGACAACACAGAUGUCCGAGAUUUCAUUAACCAAAGGCUAAAAGAGCACGACACUGAUCCCUCCGCGCCGCCGUAUGACUCGCUUGCAACCUAUGCCUAUGAAGGAAACGAUUCCAUAGCUGAAUCCUUGAGCUCCUUGGAGUCAGGUACUACCGAAGGAGACCAAAACUAUGAUUACCUCCGAGAGUGGGGCCCUCGGUUUAAUAAGCUAGCUGAGAUGUACGGUGGAGGAGAAAGUGACAAAGACACUUCUUAACCUACAGUAGGCUACUUUUUUCUUUUCCUUUGAGCGGAAGUAAUUUUACAGACACCUUCUGCACUCAACAGUAUUUAACAUUCAGGAAAAUUUUCCUGCCACUCAGCACAAUGGUUUCCUUUUAAAAUUUGUUUUAAACUUGUCCAUUAAUGUCAUUCAUUCUUUCUAGUAGGAUGCCACUUGGAAUAUAUACAACAUUUUAUUUAAUCAAACUUCCAAGAGCCAAAGCUAUGGAAAUUCAGUGUUGUACAUUUUAGUAAGUAAAA